AGCGAGGCGGUUUGAAGCGCUGACAGGCCGGGGCGUGCUCUCGCCCACCAUGGCGGCGCUUGGCGCCUACCGCUGCAUCGAGUGCAGCAGGGAGGCGGCGGAGCUGUACAGGGACUACCAGCGUGGGGUGCUCCGCAUCUCCAUCUGCAAAUCCUGCCAGAAACCAGUGGACAAAUACAUUGAGUAUGAUCCUGUUAUCAUUUUGAUUAAUGCUGUUUUAUGUAAAGCACAAGCAUACAGACACAUUCUUUUCAAUACGAAGAUAAAUAUUCAUGGGAAGCUCUGCAUAUUUUGUUUGCUCUGUGAAGCUUAUCUCAGGUGGUUGCAACUACAGGAUUCAAGCCAAAAUACAGAUCCUGACGACUUAAUCAGAUAUGCCAAGGAAUGGGAUUUUUAUAGAAUGUUUGGUAUAGCUUCUUUAGAACAAACUUCAUUUUUGGUUGGCAUUUUUAUUACCUUAUGGUGGAUGAGACCUGAGAUGCUGAAAACAAAGUCUGACUUAAUUUUACUUCUCAAAGCACUGCUGUUGUCUAGCUAUGGAAAGCUUUUGCUAAUUCCAGCUGUUAUCUGGGAACAUGACUACACACCUUUGUGCCUUGCAUUUAUAAAAGUGUUUGUCUUGAUAUCAAACUCUCAGGCAAUUAGAGUUACAUUGAACUUGAACCGAAUUCUCCCUUGGUUGGCCAUCUUCUUUGGAUUAAUUCUGGAAAAUGGUGUAGUCUGCUUGGUCCAGAAAUUGAGAUGGGAUGUUUGAGACAUCAGCCCAGAUCUGAAGAAAUACCAACAACAUUAUAAUCAUUUUCUAAGAAUGAUCUCUGCCAGCAGGCUUCAAAGACACUAUUUUCAUCAUGAUAAAGAAGGUGAUAAAUAACAAAAACUUGCAUUAGUGGUAAGUGUAGACAGUUUUAGGAUGAGUUAAACUGAGAAACCUCAGAAGUUUGGCUAUAUAAUGUGGUGAGCCAUAAAACUUCAUAGAAUCACAGAAUGGUUAGGGCUGGAAAGGACCUUAAGAUCAUCUAGUUCCAACCCCCCCUGCCAUGGGCAGGGACACCUCACACUAAACCAUGUCACCCAAGGCUCUGUCCAACCUGGCCUUGAACACUGCCAGGGAUGGAGCAUUCACAGCUUCCUUGGGCAACCCAUUCCAGUGCCUCACCACCCUCACUGUAAAGAACUUCUUCCUUAUAUCUAAUCUAAACUUCCCCUGUUGAAGUUUAAACCCAUUACCCCUUGUCCUAUUGCUGCAGUCCCUGGUGAAGAGUCCCUCCCCAGCAUCCUUGUAGGCCCCCUUCAGAUACUGGAAGGCUGUUAUGAGGUCUCCACGCAGCCUUCUCUUCUCCAGGCUGAACAGCCCCAACUCUCUCAGCCUGUCUUCAUACGGGAGGUGCUCCAGCCCCCUCAUAAUCCUCGUGGCCUCCUCUGGACUUGCUCCAACAGCUUAAUGUUGAGGACACCGGAACUGUACACAAUACUCCAAGUGGGGUCUCAGGAGUGCAGAGUAAAGGGGCAAGAUCACCUCCUUCGACCUGCUGGUCAUGCUGCUUUUGAUGCAGCCCAGCACACAGUUGGCUUUCUGGGCUGUGAGUGCACACUGAUGGCUUAUGUUCAGCUUCUUGUCGAUCAACAUCCCCAACUUCUUCUCCGCAGGGCUGCUCUGAAUCUCUUCUCCCCCCAACCUGUAGCUGUGCCUGGGAUUGCCCCAGCCCAGCUUGUUGUCAUCAGCAAACUUGCUGAGGGUGCACUUAAUCCCACUGUCCAUGUUGCCAACAAGCCUUAGCUUGUUUAUUUUCUCAUUAAAAAAUAUGAAUGCGUCACUGUCCUAAUAGCUUUAUGAAUCUGGCCACGUAGCUAUGGCUGUAACAAAAAAGGUACACUAAAAAAAAUCAGCACUGCUACCAAUCACUUCAUUUUGGCAGAAGGAGGAGGAUGAAUUGUUCCCUUAUGGGGAAGGAAGAGAGUCAGUGGAAAAACGUAAAAGCCCAAAUUUAUAUUUCCGCAGAAGCAGAUUUUUCAAAGAGAAAAGUAAACACGUGCAAACAGGUUAUUAGAGAAAAGGCAAGUAUUGCAGAGUAAUGCUACAGUGGGAAAACUAAGUUGCAUUCUCUCGCAUGUUUAUAUCAUAAUCCAAAAUAACAAAAUAACCAGUUCUAGAGUAAUCUUCAGGAAUUAUAGUUUUAACUGGCAUGAAAUUUUAUGUGAUCUCAUAAAUGCUUCUGCUUUGUUCGUGAAGCUGAAAAGAGUGAAAGGACUCUGAUCCCCAGUAUAUGUGGUUGUUUGGGAUAUUACAUUUAAUAUUAAGCCAUAUUGCCUGCACCCAGCCCUCAUCUGGCAGCAGUUUUAGUGGAAGCAAAAAAUGAAGUAUGAGGCUGCUCAGGAAUAGAGUAGUACUUGUUAAACAAACCAACCAACCAAUUCAGGUGUUUAGGCCUGAAUUAGUGAAGAAACACUGAAGUUCUGCACCUUUUUACCCAGCAGCCAAAGAAAGGGCACAAACCUUUUGUGCACACCAGUUUCCAUUAUGUUCCAUCCAAUAUUUAAGUUUCCUGCUUCAGUUCUGGAAGGCUGCACUAUCUAUAGGUAGUACUUCAUUCUUCAUUUUCCUCAGAUGCAGUCUCCUAUCUCUGUUUUGCAACAUCUUCAAGUUAAUUCCAAACAGGUUUAGAGUAAGUCUGGAAUAUGAGCACAGAAGGCAUCGGGCAUGUUUAUCUGGUGCAACUGCCCAUGUCAUGGUAAGUUAUUUGGUCAGAAAAGCAAAUGGUUGCUGAUUCUGUUUUAAUAGGUCAGAGGCUGACACCAGUCCUGUGCCAUUUGUGUUACACUUCACAUCUUUCUGAGCAUGUAGAGAAGGCAAAAAAACCCCCAACAAAUUGCAAACUCUUUAAGUCCAUGGGACAGUUUAACACCACAAUUGCUCCAGCAAGCACAUAGUUUUGAAGGUUUAUGAGGGAUCCACCUUGCUAGUGAAUCAGUGGCCAGGUAAUUUGAGUGUAGGUGUGUAGUUGGCUCACUGGCUGAGCAGCAGCUUUGGCAACAUGGUACCUAGAACAUGCUUUGCUUUACAUAAUUAGAUCUGGGGAGAUAUUCCUCCCCAAAAAGCUUUUUUUAAAAACGGCAUGUUGCCAAAGGUGCUGCAAGUAGUGCACAUUUUCCUCCCACACCACCAGCACACAGUGUUGCGACAGAGGCUGCAGGUGGAGAAGGUGUGAAGGGAAUGAGCAGUAGAUCUUUAAGAAAAGCUUCAGGGAUGCUGGUAUGGACUACUUUUAUUUUCCUCCUUCACCUUGAGUUAGAGGGAAGCCCGUGCUGGAGCAGGUCCUCCUGGCAGGCCCUGUGGCCCCAUGGAGAGAGGAGCCCAUGCUGGAGCAGGUUUGCUUGGCAGGCCUGUGACCCCGUGGUGGACCCACGCUGGAGCAGUCUCUUCCUGAAGAACUGUGCCCAUGAAAGGGACCCACACUGGAGUUUCUGAAGAACUGCAGCCUGUGGGAAGGACUCAUGUAGAAGAAGUUUGUGGAGGACUGUUUCCCAUGGGAGGAACUCCACACUGGAGCAGGAGAAGGGUGUGAGGAGUCCUCCUCUGAGGAGGAAACAGCAGCAGAGAUGUGUGAUGAACUGACCGCAACCCCCAUUCCCUGUCCCCCUGUGCUGCUGGGGUGGGGAAGGAGGUACACAACUCAGGAGUAAAGUCAAGCCCAGGUAGAAGGGAGAGGUGGGAGGAAAGUAUUUUUAAGAUUUGGUUUUAUUUCUCAUUAUUCUACACUGACUUGAUUGGUAAUAAAUUAAUUUCCCUGAGUCAACUCUGUUUUGCCCAUGACAGUAACUGGUGAGUGAUCUCUCCCUCUCCUUAUCUCAACCCACAAGUGUUUUGUUCUAUUUUCUCUCCCCUGUCCAGCUGAGGAGGGGAAUGAUAGAGCGACUUUGGUGGGGAGGUGGCAUCCAGCCAGGGUCAACCCCACCGCAACUCUGUAUGUCCCUCUUUGGAAAAUACACAUUCCUUCUACUGCCAGUUUUGGUUUUGUAAUGAUUUACCAACAGUGCCUUAGUUUGUUCCUUUUAGGUUAGAUUAUUUUUUCUUAUUAAUCAUGUGUGUCAUGGUUAUACACAAAAGACUUAAUUUUUUCCUGAAAUUUCUCCCUUGUCUGCUCUGGCACUGGUUUCAGUCUAAAGGCUGAGUGGAGCACAUUAAGUAUGAUUAAUGCAAGGGGAAGGUUUUGCAUUAGAUGUAAUGUAAGUAUUACCUAGUCAGCAGCAAAAUUGUAAAUACAAUGUGUAUAAAUUUUGUUUGGAGACAGCUUUCUUAAAGUUUAUUUUGAAUUUAAAAGAAAUUAUUUCAGGGCAUUUUGUGAGUUUUAUUCAGAAGACCCAUAAGAGACAUGAACACAUUCCGAGAGAUGAAGUGCUUAUCUAUUGUGUCACAUAUGCCAGUAACACAUCAGUUAUGCGCUCUGUAAUGCUAUCAGGAGCUACCACUGUCUUUAUGCAACUUUGAGGAUGGAGGAGAAAAUUAAUAGCUACAGAGCCGUGAAACAAAAACUGGUGUUGUACAGGUUUUCAGUCUUCAGAGGCAUCAUUGUUGUCUAGUGAUAUCGGACAUUCUGCCUUGUGUGGUUUUAGGGCUACUUAUUUACCAGAACUAGCAUGACAAAUACAUUAAAAUUUGAUAAAUCUUGGGGGAACUCAAGAAUGCCUCUGUGUGUGGGGGCAGGUGCGUGUGCAUUUUUGAUGCCUUUGGAAAAGUGUUCCAUAUGGUGCUUCAGAGAAAACCGAGACUAUUUUAAGGUACUGCCUGUUUAAAACAGUCAUCUCUCUCUUGCUUUUAUUCCUUUUUAUACUUCCAGCUCCUCCUCUUUCACAAACUCUUUGUAAUGAAAUAGUCAUCUGUGAUGGAAGAUGUAUGACAAAUAGCUUGCCCUUUAGAUAUCUAUAUAUAUAUAGAUAUAUAUAUGUUCAGUUGCUUCAUUAACUUAUGGGAAAGGAUUUACUUGGGUUAAAAAUAUAACAGCCUGCAAAUGAACCCAUGUAAACUCUUUCAAGAUUUGGUUGGAAUCAAAGGGGGUAUCAUGACCUAUAGGAAAUUUGUGAGCCUAUGGAGUUCUGUCGGAUGAAAUGCACGGAAGAUGUUAUUCAGAAUUGGGUUGAGCAAUAGUUUAGUGAUUACACAGUGGGAGCUGGGAAUUUUAACUGGGUCCAUAGGGCAGAUCCCAAGUAUUCAGAAAUUACACAAAAUUGGAUAAUUAGAGUAUAAGCUAGGAGGGGGCUUAAAAGAGAAUGUAGGUGUCGGGCACACUUUCACAAAAUUUAAAAGUUGAGAAGACUAAAAACUAAGGGAAUAGAGAAAAUAUUUAAGUCAUGAGUAUGAAUGAAUGAUUAAGCAAAUACAUGAAUGUUCUACCCCUAAGUCCUACUCCUAAGUUUUCAAAGGAUGAACAUGAAGGAAGAAUAAGUAGACAUUUUUACGAUUGUCUAAGUGACAAUAUGAAAUGGCAAAGGAUGUCUUCCAAACAGUAAAGUCUAUGGUUUUCCCUAGAAAAGUUGCUUAUAACCUCAUUACUUCAGUGGUUUGCACUCGAUCCUUGAAAAUACACUUUUAUAAGCAACUGCAGAGAUAAGACUUCAUCAUGUGACUAGGUGGAGCUGUACAACAGCAGAGCUGCUCCCUGCAUUCUGCAGUAGUGUGUGUUGCAUUACGUUUUGCUAGUGGAGGCAAGGGCUACCACCCUUGUGACCUUGUGCACGUACAGACAAGCGAGUCCUUUCUUCCAUGACAAGCUGUAUCUCAGGCAUAUAAACCGCCAUUUGUUAGCCCAGUCUUCUCUGAACUGAAAGUAAAAUAGGACAUCUGCACUGGAAAGCCAUUAGCAGCUGAUUUCUCAUAAAACAAGAAAGCUCUUGUUUUUCAGGAGCUCACGUGCUUUUGGACUCUAUCAGCUCUCCCCCAGCUGCGUAGUGUUAAGCACCACAGUGCCAUCUGGAGAUGGAAGGGGAAGCACUGUUGUUUCCAAAACGAAGGAACAUAAAAGCACUGUAAAUACGUAUUCUUUGAUUAAUUUUUGUUUUGCAAAAUUCAAGCUUUUAAACCUAACAUUCAUUUUCAGUUUGGAGAAAUGCUCGAGUGAAGUUACUGAUGAAAACAGGCCACGAUACUUGUUUUGGUGACUUGGUAUCAGGGUCAGUUCAAUAUAUGCACCAUGAAAGCUAUAAAAUGCUAAUUAUUUUAGCGUGGCAUCUCUUUGUUUAAGGCAAACAGUCCUGUAAAUUGGGAUUAUUCUAAGUAGCCUCACUGAGCUCAGAGAAAAUUCAUAUGGCAAAAGACAGAGUGAAUGCAUUCCUCUGCUGCUAAAAAUCAACAGGAAUUUUGUUGCUGAAUUACUUUGAAACCCAGGCUGGUGCAGUUAAAACUUGCAGGAAGGUGCAUAACAAGAUUCUCAUUUUCUCUCCUGCCUCUUAUAAUGCUGUUCUGACCUUCUUAGUCUUUCCAGUAAUGCUUACUAUAUUACUGAGGUGGCUAGAAAGAAGAGCUGAACAUGAGGAGCUUUGUAAAAUCUUUUUCCUAAACAUGACCUGCUGUCCUGAAUUUGUAAAGCUCUUUUGAGCCCUGUAUAGAUAAACAGGAGGUCUGCAAAGCAGCUAGGAAAAAUUGCCAAUGUUGUUUCAAUUUCUAUUCAUUAGGAUAAUAGAUACUGUUCAGGUUUGUUUUGGGGUCUUUUUCUGGGUAAAAAUGUAGUUUACAUUCCUUUAUAGAAUACUAUAAGACUGUGAACUCAUAUAGUACAAGUGCCGACUGCUGCAGAAACAAAUCCAGAUGACCCUCAUAAUUUCUUCUAAUCUCUAACUGUAAUUCUGAGUACAUUUUAGGCAAAAGAACUGUUGUCCACAAGCUGCAUGGAAGUCCCUGCCAUAGCUACCUGAGCAGAGGAGUAGAGACCUGAAUUAAGACCUGAAUCCUAAUGCUGGCUAUAAGACCGACUACUGCUGCAACCUUGAGCAAGUCAUACAUGUAGCUCCAUAAAAUGAUUGUACCUCCAUCAUCACAGGAUAAAUUUGCUCAUGUCUGCUUAAAAAGGUGAAAAGCAUUAAGUCCUCUCAGCUGCAGGUUGUUGGGAGUCAGUGAACACCAUGAAUGAUAUUGAAACAGACAUGCCAGGAGCCAGAAAAUGUGAGUAUUUAAGGUGACAUGUUUAAAGUCUUUGUUAUGUUGAGAAGCUUUAAUUCUGAGCCUUGCUGGCAUACAGUUCUGUAACAUACAUAUCUGAAAAUUUUAGGGGUAUUUACAGCAAAUCAUGAAUCCCUUAUCUUGAAUUUCAAGUCACUGUAGCUGCUGUGUGUUCAAAUAAAUCUGAAAUUAGUUUAAAAACUCAGAGGGGAGGGAGCUGGCACAUUAACUGAUCUUUCAGCUAUCUGAAAGGAAAAUUAAGGUAUCUUAUUUUGCAAUUUGAGGCUUUGAGGUAGAAAGCACAGGUAGGUCUUGUGUAAAAAUUAUCUUAAAAAAAAAAUAAAUGACAAACCAUUGGUAUCUUUGUAAAUGAAUCAAGUAACAUUGCACAAAUUUAAACAAGAAAACAAAAUCUCAUCAACACACUCCUACUCACCUUGCAUUCUCUUCUCAGAACUGCUAAUUCACUCUCUAAUCAUCUGUGGGUGUUACCUUUACAGUGAUUCCCUGCCAUGCAUGCUGUAGCCCAUCAGUGCUGUUGUACAUGCAUCACUCCUAAACUUUGAUUCCUUUUUUGGUGUCUCACUUCACUUCCAGUAUGAAGCUUUGGUUCUAACCUUCAAAGCCAUUGAUGUAUCAUGUCUUGGCUACAGCAGAGAUAGCAUCUCUUUCUCUCAGUAGGACUACAGCGUUCUUUUGAUCACCAGAAAUCAAAAGCCAACAAAAGUGUAAUGAUAACUAGGAAGAAAACAUUCUUCAUCUACAGCAUCCACUGAAUAACGAAGUGCCAUAUGACAGCACCAGAAAAAAUGGCUUGGACUUUACAGGAUAGGGAGCAAAAGUGAAUGUAUCGCUUUCAGCAUACUCCUCAUCCAUUUUUUCAGCAACACAAAUCUGUUUCCCUAUGAGGAUAUUUCUCCUACUCAGUAGCGUGGAAAUGGCAGGUGGGUUGCACAGCAAGGAAAACACAAUCCAGCUCUUACUCAUUCCAUCCUGGGAGAGAGCAAAAUGAAAAUAGAACAGUGCUGAUCAGUGAAUCAGCAAGGGUGGACAGAUUAUUCAAAACCUUUCCUUUGGAAAAGCAAAUUAACUGCUGUGGAUGAACACAAUGGUAGGUAUUUGGCUUUUUACAUAACCACAUGACAAGACUUGAUUUGUAUUAAAGCUCACAUAUUUUCAAACUUUAUUUUACUCUUGUUUCAUUUUAAGCAGAUUUCCCCUAAAAUCUUUCCUGAUCAAUUGGGCAAUUUAUUUAAAUGGGUGGUGGUGGGAGGUGUAUAUAUGGAAAGCAAGAGAAGGUCAAUCCUAUUCUUACAGCCUGUGCAUUUUCUGCCUUAUCUGUGCAUGAAAUUGUGCACCUUCUGACCCUAUAAAGGUCCUACACUGAAAGAAAAAGCCACCUAGGAGAAAGACGCCUUAUCCCCACAAUAGUUUGACUAUUGUGCAAAAGGACAAGAUUGUAUCAGUUUAAAAAAGUCAUGUCUCUGAUCAAACGGCAUCAAAACCAUGUACAGAUCAUGUCUGCCUUCCCUCAUUGUUACUCAUCUGCUUUCAUUUAAAAAAAACACCAGCAUGGUGAUGCUAAUCUAAUUCAGCUGCAGGAGUGCUUUGAUAGAAUGUUCAGAGAGGUGUUUUUAAUCCUCUACAAUAUGUCCUGCUAGAGGGUGGCAAAACAGGAAGCCCUCGCAUGCAGAUCCUUCCUCACUAUAAAUGGCAGGGUGGAAGGUGCCAUCUGUAAUUUCAUGCCAUUACACCAAAAAGCGCUGGCUCCUCUAAGCUCCUCGCAGCAGCUGCUCCUGAAGGCUCAGCUCUUUGUCCCGAGCAGGCAGCUGCCUUUGCCACCGCCCAUGGGAACAGCUUUGUUUUCACAGGAUCGGAUGGGGCUAGAAGCGAACGCAGAGGUCAUCUGGUCCUUCCUCCAGCCGUCAGGCUGGACGGGCACUCUUGACAGAUGUUCUCACUGGCAGGCAGAGAUCCUGGCUCUGAGAGACCACAGCUAAACACCUUUCCUAAAUUAGGAGACCUGCCAGCUCUUACUGUGUGCAGUGGAAGUUUGAUGCCCAGUUGUUUUUCAGCUAUGACCAUUUAUUCAAGCAAUACAGUUUUGUGAAAAUACAAGAUUUUACUUGAGGAAUCCAUUGUUAAGAUCUAGUAAGUUUGUGUCCUCACUUUUAUUCUCCAGGUUGCACACUUCCAAUUCUCUGCUACCCCCUGCAACAGCCUUGCUAAGCCAGCAACAUGAAAAUCCAUUAGACAGAUUCCUUGACUGUAGGGCUGCAAAGCAUUUAAGACUUUUAAAUAAAUAAGGCAGCCUGUACCUCUUCAGAUCUACUACAGGCUUCUUAUAAAGAUUUACACACUGGGUUACACAGAAUUAAGUUGAAACAAAAAUAAGAUCACUGCCUACAAAUGAAAUAAUUUAAUUCAGAGAAUGAGAGAAUGGGCACGGUGAAUUGAGAUCUCUGUUCCUGGAGAAUAAACACAUCUGUACAAAAUCCCUUCUAAUUUGCAGAAGAAAUUAUAGUGUAAAUUUCCAUAUUCGGCACACUUUUAAAGCAGACACAAAUUAAUGUCUGUGGUAAUAGUGAGAUGUGCUUGGCUUCUCUAAUACUGAUUGAUGUAUUCUGUCCAUACACACCUGCAUUUGAAAGCAUAGAAAAGAGGUUUAUUCUCUGUGAGAAGUGACAUU